UACUAGUGCAUUGUAAAAUACACACGUUGAUCAUCUCUCCAGUGGUCAGAUAGAAUGACACACACUUGUAAUUGAUCCAGGCUCAUAAAUAUAUUAUUACUGUCUGUAAAAGAAAAUCCACCCAGCUAACGUGACAGUGUGAAGGCUGCAACUGAGCCAGAAUGAACAUUUCUGUUCUACCAAACAACAACAACCCCCAGAAGUUCCUCCGGUUGGACGUCCGGACGCUGCCGGUAACUCACCAGGUGUUGGAAGUUAAGACCUGAAAUAAUGCGUCUUCUCAGGUUGUGUGGCAUCAGAAUGUGUUGGAGAAAAGAGCAAAGAUGGAAAGGUGGUCGUCGUCCUCCCAAGACCACAUUGUGAUGUUUGCAGAACGAUUUCAUGACCACCACGUCACUCCUGGCCGCCUGCAGGCCCACAUUAAGAGCAACCCUCUGUACGCCGUGACGGAUCAUACAACGCACAUCAAGCAAUACACACCUUCAUGGACCAUCAAGGAAUACACAACACAAAGCAGCCAUGGCAGAACCACAGACGUUUUACAGGAUGAAGAGAAGACACCCAAAGAUCUGGACUUUUGGCUGGAGGAUCUAUACACACCAGGAUUUGAUGCAUUACUGAAGAAAACACAGGCCGAACAGCGACGGAAAAAACUUCACAAACUAAUUCUUAUCAUCGGUUUGUCUAUUAGUGUCAUUAUUGUCGUCAUCGUGGUCCCAGUUGUGGUGCUAGGAAAGAAAGUCUGAUUGAAAAUGGUCUUGUUCCAGUUCAUUUGGGAAACGACGACAGAGUUUAGAUGAGGGUUGUUUUAAUAUGCGUUGCAAAAUGUAGUUAUGAAAAAUAUACACUUUAGAGUCUGUACAUGUUGCUUCACAUUUUGUAAG